AAAGCUUCUCUCUAACAAUGGCAACACAAAUCAACAUGGAGAAGAGUGCUUCUCAAGUUACCUUUAUCUCCUCCUCCGCCUCAUUAUCCUAUUCACCCACAUCAUCAUCUUCAUCAUCAUCAUCAACAACUUCUAAAUUAGGAAACCCUAAAAGAAAAGCAUCUCUAAGAUCAUUAUCAUCAUUAGCCGACCAAGAUCUUGAAGUGAAACGUCGCAAGAUCAACGGCGGAGAUAAGCAUCCGACGUAUAGAGGAGUAAGGAUGAGGAGCUGGGGAAAAUGGGUGUCCGAGAUCAGAGAGCCGAGGAAGAAAUCAAGAAUCUGGCUCGGGACUUAUCCAACGGCUGAUAUGGCUGCACGAGCUCAUGACGUGGCGGCUCUAGCCAUUAAAGGUACAUCGGCUUAUCUUAAUUUUCCUGAAUUAUCCGGCGAGUUUCCUCGUCCGGUCACUAAUUCUCCUAAAGACAUUCAAGCUGCUGCCACCGCCGCCGCCGUUAACUGGCAAGAUUCCGGCGACAAUAGUAAUUUAAACGUAGCUGAAAUAGCCGAAGAAGCCGAGCCGAGUGGAACAGUUUCGGACAGUGUAAUGUUUUCUUCGGACAUUAUGACUCAAGAGUUGUCUGAAAUUUCGUGUGCUUCCACGACGUCGUUUGUGGAUAAAGACAGCGAUGAAGAGAAACUGUUUGAUUUGCCGGAUUUGUUUAACGGUGGAAAUGAGAUGAUGAUGAUGGGAAACGAUGCGUUUUGGUAUGAUUCGUCCACGUGGCAGCUCUGUGGAGCCGAUGCUGGGUUUCGGCUUGAGGAGCCGUUUUUCUGUCUUAAUGACUAAAUCACACUCAAGCUCACUCUAACACCUAAUUAGUUUUCUCCCUUUUUUCACUUCAUUUACUUUUGCUUUGUUUUCGCUUUUUCUUUUCUUUUCUUUCAUUUUAUUUUUGUGUUUAGAAAAUAGACGUUUGAUGAAUGUUUUUGUAAUAUAAAUGUGCUGAGAAAAGUUUGAAAGAAAGCUAUAAACCAAAAAAAAAAAAAGAACAGUCAAAUAUAGUGUAUGAGAUUUUUAUGAUGAAAUUGAUAGUUGAA